AUGACUAAUAAUGUUUCAGUUAUAACUUUGUUUACUCUGUCAGGGCUGAGUGGUACAGAAAAGUACAGGAUCAUUCUGUUUGUUCUAACAUUAUUGUGUUACUGUGUGAUCUGGCUGGUAAAUGUGACCAUUAUUGUGACAAUUAUUGUGGAUAAGAGUCUUCAUGAACCCAUGUAUGUUUUCCUGUGUAAUCUGUGCAUUAAUGGACUUUAUGGCACAGCAGGAUUUUACCCCAAAUUCCUCAUUGAUCUCCUGUCGACUAAUCAUGUUAUUUCUUAUGCUGGAUGUCUUCUGCAGGGGUUCGUCAUUCAUUCUUCUGUUUGUGCUGAUUUGUCUAUUCUUGUCCUCAUGGCCUUUGACAGAUAUGUGGCGAUAUGUCGACCUCUAGUGUACCACUCUGUGAUGACUAAACACAGAAUUGGUGUGCUUCUGUUUUUUGCUUGGCUUAUACCUUUUUGUCUGUUAUUGUUAAGCACAGUAAGUACAUUGACACUGAGCUUAUGUGGUUCACACGUACCAAAAAUCUACUGUUUUAAUUAUUUAGUUGGUCAACUUGCCUGCUCUUUCUCUGUUGCACAUGUUGCUGUUCCAGCGUUUAACUACACUUUUUACUUUGGCCAUUUUAUUGUUGUCAUUUGGUCCUAUUUCUAUCUGCUUAAAACAUGUAGAACAUCUAAAGAAAACAGGAGUAAAUUCAUGCAAACAUGUCUGCCACAUUUAUUCUGUUUAAUUACUUUUGCUUUUUCUUUCCUUUUUGAUGUGUUGUAUAUCAGGUUUGGCUCAAAAAUAUCCCAGGGUGCUCAGAAUUUCAUGGCAAUGGGAUUUCUUGUCAUUCCUCCUAUCUUCAAUCCUCUCAUCUAUGGUUUUAUAUUAACACAAAUAAGAAACAGAAUUAUACAAUUUCUUUGUAGAAAGUGUAGGAGUUUGAGACUAAAGUCUUGA